CGAUAUAUAAAUACAAUCACGCACGUUUUAUAGCUGCAGUUGCUGCUGUAGUGUUGUUAAUACGUCGUGGUAAUUGCGAAUCGGUAGAUUCCUUUUUACUAGGUACUACUGUAAUAUUGUACUAGUUAUCCGGUAAGCGACAAGCGUUAAAAGCGGAUUCCAACUCGAUAACACUUGAACGUUAAUGACUAAUACCCACAAAACUUCAUCCAUACAUAUCUAAUACAUAUUGUUAUUCAGCUACCACUAUUUACAACAGUUGAUCACCUCAAUAAUUCUUCAGACUGUCGACUUCCACGAGUCCAGUGUCCAGCUUUCCGAUAAUUUGCGAGUACCUAAUAGUGUACAUCAAGUACUCAACAGCUGCUGUCUAAGGUUCACCGUCUAUAGUUUGCGGAAUUAUUGAAAAUGAAUGCAAAUUACAAAGCACUGGACAGGGAUGGACGGAAGAAAAGUUUAAGAGAAGGACUACCAGCUUAUGCUUACUCACGAGGAGUUGAAUUGCGUAGUGAUAAAAAUCCUUACUUAUACAUGCAAUCAGAAGUGUUUGAUCCUAGAAGAAAUGUUCUUAACAUUAGCUAUCCUAUAAAUGUUCCUGAAUUCGAGCUACCAAAUGAAGAACAAAUAUCUUAUUAUGAGCAAUUAAUGAUGAUGAGCAAUGAAACUAUUGUACUAAGUAAUUUCUUAGAUGAACGAGGAACAUUGCUCUGCCCAAAAGUUAUUCACAAGAAGCCUGAAUCAAUUCAAGAACUUUCACUGAAGAAACCGACAUUGAACAAGUGUUCAUCAGAAAUUUUACCAUUUUACAAAAUAUGUUUUGAGUUAAUGAAAGUACCUACAAAAGAUUCAAAAUGGAAACUAUGUUUAAUUACUGAACAUUCAACUGAGCUACGAUCUGAAAUACAACAAAUUUACUUGCAUAUGUGGUUAUAUUAUAAACAUUAUAUGGAAAAAGUUGAUUUAGGUGUGUUGGAUACUUGUAAUAAAAUAAUGGGAUUUGGACAAUCUGUGACGGAAACUGAACGAAUUUAUCUUACAAUACGGGAUGAUUAUUUAAUGGCGACACAAAUAUUAGUUUUAUUAAAAUGCAUACUAUCCAAUCCACAUAUAUCUGUUUUUAAAGAAAUUAUGGAGACACUAGAAUUAUGGAAAAUCCUAUUACAAAAGAUGAGUACUAAUCCAAAGAUGUAUGAAUUGUCAUCAUACAAUACUACUUUGGAGAUGGCCGAAUUGUUAGAACUACUAAUUAAAAGCUAUUUCAAAACGAGGCAUUAUUUAGAAGCUUGUUUUGAUUUAAUGGUUAAUAAAGAAGACACCAUUAAAGAACAGCAGGUCAAAAAUGAUAUGUUAUGCAAAUAUUGGUAUUUAAUGGUUGACACUCCAGAACAUUAAUAUGUAUUUAAAAACGUUUUGCCAAUUUUAUAAGUGAUUCUUAAAAUUGCAACUUCUAAUUUUAUGUCCUAACAGUUACUUAUUUUUUUUUCUGUACCAAUUUAAUGAUUUUUUUUUUUUGUUUUAUUCAAAGUGAUGUUUUAAGUAUAUAUUUUAUGUAUUUUUUUAAUUUACAAAUAGCAUAUUAUA